AUGAACAUUUCCCAACCCAUCUCGUCGUCCAUUGAGACGGUCGAGUUCACGUUUCUUACCGACGAAGAAAUCAAGGCCAUCUCCGUCAAGCGCAUCGAGAACGACAGCACCUUCGACAACCUCCUCAACCCUGUUCCCGGUGGUCUUUACGACCCGGCUCUUGGAUCAUGGGGCGAUGCACUCUGCGCAACCUGUAACUUGAACCAGUCUUCAUGCCCGGGCCACGCCGGCCACAUCGAGCUCCCCGUUCCCGUCUACCACCCAGUCUUUCUCGACCAGGUCCUCCGUCUUCUACGAUCGCAGUGUGUUUACUGUAAAGGAUUUCGCAUGCGCCACCGCGAAAUCAAUCGCUACUCUUGCAAACUCCGACUCUUGCAACACGGUCUCCUCCAUGAAGCCCAUCUCGUGGACGCCAUUGGCGAAGAGCUUAAGGGUCUCGCUUUGCCCGGCGUGCCUACCGACUAUGAGAGUGAGGCCGAAGAAGAGGGCAGCUCUUCCGUCGAUAACAUCAUUGGGGCAAGGGAGGCGUACGUCCGCCAGGCCCUCAAGUCGCACAAGCUCAGUCUUGGCGAAGUCAGGAAGGGCAAGCACGAAGGUGCUAUCGAGAUGCGGAGAGAGCUCAUCAAGGACUUCUUAACACAAAUUACCAAGCCUAGACGAUGCGACAACUGCGGAGGCAUUUCGCCUGCCUAUCGCAAGGACCGCUUCGUCAAGAUCUUCGAAAAGGCCCUUAGCGAGAGAGACCUGGCCCAGAUGGCUCAGAGAAACCUGCACAUCAAAGACUCCAUGGCGACUGCAGCUCGUGCCCGCAAAUCCAAGGCAAAGCGCGGUGCCGCCGAUGCUGACGAAGGCAUCGCCGACGUUGAUAUGACUUCAGCGGAGGAAAACGAUAUCGAAAUGCACGAUGCCAGUGGCGACGAGCAGGACCUGGCGGAUAAGGAAGAAGAGUUAAGGGCCGAUGCCGUCGCCGUCGCUCCCGGUCAACAGCGCUACAUCAGCGCCAUGGAGGUUCGCGCACGUCUGCGGGAGCUAUUCGAGAAAGAGCAGGACAUCAUGUCGUUGGUGUACAGCUCGAAACCGACGACCAAGAAGGCCGCACAGGUAUCGGCGGACAUGUUCUUCAUCCGGACCAUUCUUGUCCCUCCAAACAAGUUUCGACCCGAAGCCCGAACCGGCGACUCUCAAAUCUCCGAGGCUCAGCAGAACUCGCUGUACAAGAUGAUCAUGCGGAACUGCGGCAACAUCGCGAGGAUGCACCAGAGCGUUGGAGCCACCGACCAGUACGGAAGACCGAGAGAUAUCACCGACUUGCACCAAGUAUGGACGGAGUUGCAAGAGUCUGUUAACUCCUUGAUAGACAAGAGCAAGAACCCCGUUCAAGGCGCAGCUGCCAAGAGAAAUGAGGACGGCAUCAAGCAGAAGCUGGAAAAGAAGGAGGGACUCUUCCGAAAAAACAUGAUGGGAAAGCGAGUCAACUUCGCCGCCCGAAGUGUCAUUUCGCCCGACCCCAACAUCGAAACCAACGAGAUUGGUGUGCCUCCUGUUUUCGCGCGCAAACUGACCUAUCCUGAACCGGUGACGAGUCACAACUUCAGAGACAUGCAGCAAGCCGUCAUCAAUGGUGUCGACAAGUGGCCCGGAGCGGCUGCCAUCGAGUACGAGAAUGGUCAAAUCGUCAACCUUCGAUCCAAGUCUGUGGACGACCGCAUGUCCCUCGCCAACCAGCUCCUUGCGCCAACAAACAACCAUAUGAGCGGCAUGAAGAGUAAAAAGGUGUACCGACACCUGACAAACGGCGAUGUCGUCUUGAUGAACCGUCAGCCAACGCUGCACAAGCCGUCCAUCAUGGGUCACCGAGUCCGCGUGCUGCCCGGAGAGAAGACGAUUCGAAUGCACUACGCCAACUGCAACACAUACAACGCCGAUUUCGACGGUGACGAGAUGAAUAUGCAUUUCCCACAAAAUGAAGUUGCCAGAGCGGAGGCUCUUCAAAUUGCCGAUACGGACCAUCAGUAUCUGUCAGGCACGGCCGGCAAGCCCCUUCGUGGCUUGAUUCAGGACCAUCUCUCAGUUUCCGUCGCCCUCUGUAACAAGGACACCUUCUUCGACCGCGACUCCUACCAACAGCUCAUCUACGCAGCUCUCCGCCCGGAGAGUGGUCACAUUCUUGGCGAGAGGAUUGAGCUUAUCCCUCCGGCAGUAAUCAAGCCCAGACCCAGAUGGACGGGCAAGCAGGUCAUUAGCACAAUCCUCAAAAACAUCAAGCCGCCCAACGGAGAAGGUCUAUGGAUGUCCGGCAAAUGUCAAGUCAAGGGCGAGCAGUGGGGCAAGGGUCAUUUGGAAGAAGGCAGCGUCCUGUUCCAGGACGGACAGUUCCUGACAGGUAUCCUUGACAAGGCCCAUCUGGGUCCCAGCUCGGGAGGUCUCAUUCACUCCAUUCACGAAAUCUACGGACCUGCUGUCGCAGGCAAACUGCUCAGUGGCAUGGGGCGCCUCCUCACCCGAUACUUGAACAUGCGGGCCUUCACUUGCGGCAUGGACGAUUUGCGUCUCACGUCAGAGGGCGAGGUGGCUCGACGGGAGGCCUUGAAGGCGGCCAAGAACAUUGGCCUCGAGGUCGCGGCUAAGUAUGUCUCACUCGAUGACAAGGCACCCAACAGCACAGACCCGGAGCUUCUUGUCCGUCUUGAGGAGGUGUUGCGAGACGACACCAAGCAGGAGGGUCUCGAUAUGCUUAUGAACCAGAGCUCUCAAAUUGUUUCAAGUGCGGUUACAACAGCUUGUCUGCCUAUCGGCCUGGUCAAGCAGUUUCCAAAGAACCAGAUGCAGGCGAUGACGACAUCUGGUGCCAAGGGUAGCCAAGUCAAUGCGAACCUUAUCUCUUGCAACUUGGGACAGCAAGUUCUUGAAGGCAGGAGAGUUCCUGUUAUGGUUAGCGGGAAAUCUCUGCCAUGCUUUAAGCCUUUCGAGACAGACGUCCGCGCCGGCGGCUACAUCGUUCAACGUUUCUUGACCGGUAUCCGGCCUCAAGAAUAUUACUUUCAUCACAUGGCCGGCCGUGAGGGCUUGAUCGACACAGCUGUCAAGACUUCUCGCUCAGGUUAUCUACAGAGAUGUAUCAUCAAGGGCAUGGAGGGACUGACGGUGACAUACGACUCGACGGUGCGGGAUGCAGACGGUACUCUUGUGCAGUUCCUCUACGGCGAAGAUGGUCUCGACCCAACCAAACAAAAGUAUCUCACCGACUUCAGCUUCGUUCUCCGCAACGUUGCUUCUGAAUCGGCCCAGCUGAAUUUCGGCAACGGUUUCAAGGACAAACUCGCCGGCAGCAAGGACGAAAUCCUCAAACACAUGAAGAGCGCCAUCAAGCACGCCAAGCUCAACAGUACUGUAGCCAAGGACCCCAUCAUUUCCAUGGUCAACCCGGCGAGAGUGGCAUUUGCCACGUCGGAAAAGUUCUACGCGAAAAUGACCAAAUACAUUAAGGACAACAAGGACGGCCUUAUUCGCGACAAGUCGAGUGCCCCGUCUGGCUUGAUCAACGCCCCCGCUGUCAGCAAGAAGUCGGCGGAACUUGUCUUUGCUGCCAAGUACAUGCGAUCGCUUGUCGAGGCGGGCGAAGGUGUUGGUAUUGUUGCUGGCCAGAGUGUGGGUGAACCUUCGACUCAGAUGACGCUCAACACCUUCCAUUUGGCUGGUCACUCGGCCAAGAACGUCACGCUCGGUAUUCCUCGUCUCCGCGAAAUCCUCAUGACAGCCAGUCGAUCUAUUUCAACCCCGGCCAUGACUCUUCUUCUCCAUGAAGAGCUUUCCGCGGUUGAGGGAGAAAUCUUUGCUAAAUCGAUCAGCGUCCUGCCUCUGGCUGACGUGCUUGACACAGCGACCGUCAAUGAGCGCAUCGGCAAGGGCAACAACGGUGCUCUGGCCAAGCUCUACGACGUAAGACUUAACUUCUUCCCCGCCAAGGAGUACACCAAGGCCUACGCUAUCGACACAUCCGAUGUCAUGGACACGGUCGAGAAGCGGUUCCUGGAUCACCUCUUGAAGAUUAUGGUCCGCGAGAUUAAGAAGCGCCGCAGCGAGUCCACGUCGGCGACGCCGGAUGUUGGAGUCAAGGCAGGUGUCGUGGAGAUGGCGACCGGCAACAGCGAGGCAAGAGUUCCCAAUGACGAUGACGAUGACGACGAUGACGGUGACGGUGAUGCCACGAACGCCAAGAACAAGGCGAAUCGGGAGGAGGCUGUCUCGUAUGGGCCAAAUGAUGACGAGGAUGACGCAGUCCAGCGACAGAUGGAACGCGAGGGCUCUCCCGAAGAAGACGAAGGCUUCGGAGGCAGCCCUUCACCGCGGCGCGAGAAGGAUGACGAAGAAGGCGACAGCGAAGACGACGAUAGCGACGGCGACUCGGACAGCGACUAUGGUUGGAGAGCCGAGCGCGUCAAGAGUCGUUAUCUCCGUGUCACCAGAUUCCGCAAUGACGAGGCUGGAGAAUGGUGCGAGUUCACGCUCGAGUUUGAGGCCGACACCCCCAAGGUUCUCAUGCUCAACAUUGUACAGGCGGCCGUCAAGAAGUCUGUCAUCCAGCAGAUACCGGGUGUCGGUUCAUGCACAUUCACAGCAGACCACAAGAUUACGGACUCGACGACGGGUGAAGACGUGUCUGUGCCGGCGAUCUACACGUCAGGUUGCAACCUCAAGGCCAUGCAGAAGUACAGCGACUUCAUCAACCCUAACAAGAUCGCGACCAACGACAUCGGCGCCGUGCUGGACGUGUAUGGUGUUGAGGCAUGCCGAAGCAACAUCGUCUCUGAGCUGGCAGGCGUCUUUGGCGGUCACGGCAUCAGCGUCGACAACCGACACUUGAACCUCAUUGCCGAUUACAUGACGCGCAACGGCGACUACACGCCCUUCAACCGCAACGGCCUGCGUGGUAAUGUGAGCCCCUUCACCAAGAUGAGCUUCGAGACAACGUUAGCCUUCUUGAAGGACGCAGUUCUCGAUGGUGACUGGGACGAUCUCAGAACGCCCAGCGGUCGUAUCGUCAUGGGCCGCCUGGGCAAGAUUGGUACGGGCGCCUUUGAUGUCUUGACGGCGCUCCCUACGCACCAUAUGUCAUCCCACGUGGAGUGA